AUGCCCUCCGAUGCGCAAGCCAAGGCUGCUCUGGCUCUCAUCAAGGACGACGAGUCCAAGGUGUUGGGCCUGAGUGUGGGCAAUCACAAGAACAUCCAGCCAGGCCAAUUCGUUCCUCGCGCGGACGCCCAGUCCCCUCCCAAGAUCUUCUUCGCCGGCCUCGACUCGAGCAAGACCUAUCUCGUGGUCAGCCUCGACAUCGAUGCUCCCUUCCCAUCAUUCGAUUUCCUGGGACCCAUUCUGCACUGGAUCCAGCCUGGAGUGAAGACCACCGAGUCUGGCAACCUUGACACCACUGCUCCGUUCAUCGCCAACUACAUCGGUCCUGCGCCACCUCCUGGUAGCUCGCCUCACCGCUACAUCUUCUUCCUAUACGAAGAGCCGGCUGAUUUCGAUGCGAAGGAGCAUGCUCCUGUCAAUGGCCAGAAGUUGGGCAACAUGAGUCGCAUGCGCUACGACUUUGAUACCUGGGCCAAGAAAAUCAACCUCGGCUCUGUCGUGGCCUUCAACUACUUCACCAGCAACUAG